AUGAAUCAGGCGGAACAUUUAUUUCAAGAUAUGGCUAGGGCGUCCCCCGUAGGCGACGCGCGAGGACAUCGCCGUACACUCGUGAGAAAUGGACAGCGGCUACCGUAUCAAGAGCGAAUACGGCUAAAGAAGUUAGCUCAAAGGAGGGGGGAGAGGCAGAAGAAAGAAAAUGAGACGAUAGGUUUGAAGAUUGGAACACUGAAUGUGGGGAGUAUGACAGCGAGGAGCCACGAACUGGUGGACCUGAUGGAGAGGAGAAAGAUAAGAAUCAUGUGCUUGCAGGAGACAAAGUGGAAGGGGAGAGACGAUGGAAGAAAGAACGGAGUUGGAAUUGUUUUGGAUGAGGAACUCAAGAAGGGGGUACUAGAAGUGACAAGAUCUUCAGACCGAAUCAUCUGGCUUAAGAUGGAGAUGGGUAAACUGGUGGUGAACAUCAUGAGUGUGUAUGCGGCGCAACAAGGUUGUGCAGACGAAGAGAAGGAGAAGUUUUGGGAGGAGUUGGACGAAGAAGUGAGAAAAAUUCCAGCUGAGGAGAAACUAUGGAUAGGGGGUGAUUUCAAUGGACACGUUGGUGGUGAUAACACAGGCAGAGAAGAGACGAUGGGCAAAUUUGGUUAUGGUACUAAGAAUGAUGGUGGGGAAGAACUCGUGACAUUCGCGAUGAGGCAUAAUUUGUGGAUCGUUAACACGUUCUAUAAGAAAGCCACUAGGCACAAGAUCACCUACCAAAGUGGAGGCACUCAGUCACAAAUAGAUUACAUCCUCUGCCGCUCAAAUGACAAGAAUACGAAAGACUGUAAAGUAAUUCUUGGGGAAAGCAUCACAAACCAACACCGACCAGUCAUUUGCACACUUAAUGUUGUGAAGUCAAAACCCCAGAUGAAGUCAAGAACCCAGAAAAUCAAGUGGUGGAAGCUAAAAGAAGCGCAGAGCAGAGAUGAUUUUACAGAUAAGGUUAGAGAGACCCUAGAAAGACGUAGACAGAAAGAGAGGUGUGACUGGGAAACAAUCGCAGAAGACAUGCGGGAUCUGGGAGAGAAAGUCUGUGGCAAAACCUCCGGAAAGGCAAAGGCUGGAAAGGAGACGUGGUGGUGGUGUGAUGAAGUCCAGAGAAGAAUUAGUGAGAAGAAGGAAGCAAAGAAGAAACUCUUUGAAGAUCCAUCUGAAGAGAACAAAGCUUACUACAAAACAACAAAGAAGGAAGCUAAAAGAGCUGUAGCAACCGCAAAGGCAAGAGCAUAUAACCAACUCUACGAAGACCUUGAUACAACAGAAGGUACGAAAAAGGUACUUAGAAUUGCUAAACAAAGGGACAAAAACUCGAAAGACAUCUAUCAGACAAAAUGGAUAAAGAACGAUGAGGGGAAUGUGUUAACAAAUGAUGAGGAUAUUCUGGAAAGGUGGCGGUUGUAUUUUAUGAAGCUCAUGAAUGAAGAAAAUCCUAGGGAAGCACGUGAGGAGGAACAGGUGGGGAAUCCUGGUGAGGUGGAAGCCAUCACUGAAGAUGAGGUGAGAAGAGCGCUAAGGAAGAUGAAGGAUGGAAAAGCAGUGGGACCAGAUAAUUUACCAAUUGAAGCAUGGAAGUGCCUUGGUGAAGAAGGAGUAACUUUCCUGUGCUCAAUGCUCAACAAGAUUUUCGAUGAAGAAAAGAUCCCAGAGUCGUGGCGGAAAAGCAUACUCGUCCCUAUCUAUAAGAACAAAGGUGACAUCAUGGCCUGUGGCAACUACCGAGGCAUAAAACUCAUGAGCCACAGCAUGACAUUAUUUGAACGUAUGAUUGAGCACCGACUAAGGGGUGUGGUGAACAUCAGCGAAGAGCAGUUUGGAUUCAUGGAGGGGAAGUCCACUACAGAUGCCAUUUUCGCGCUGAGGCAAGUGCAGGAGAGAUACAGAGAAGGUCACAAAGAGCUGCAUGGAGUAUUCAUCGAUCUGGAGAAAGCAUACGACAGGGUGCCACGGGAGGAGAUGUUGUGGUGUAUGAGAAAGAAGAACGUCCCAGGGGUCGGCACUGAGCCCGUUCGUGUUUGCGAUCAUCAUGGAUACCCUGACAGACGACAUUAG